AGACGAACAACGUGAGCUCUCUCGGGGAAGGUGACCAGAAAUUAUAUAGGUAGGGGACAGAGCUUCCCUGCCGCGUUAGGUAGAAGCAAACGAACAGUUCUCGGUUCGGCCGGUAGGUUACAGGGAGGAAGGAGUCGUGCUGCUGCGGUACGAAGAGGUCGAAAGAGAGACGGCGCGUGCGUCAGAGGGGGAGAACUAGAGAGGGCGAAAUAGAGAGAGAGAAGGAGAAACGAGAAACGACAGACGUAAAGAAAAGAGAACAGCUCGUAGAACGGUGCGGCGGCGUGUCCUCGCGUGCUUUUGUCGCGGCGUUCGAACGCAGCCAUUACGACAGACAGACUCUCUCGGUGACGCUCGUAACGCGUCGCGUAUUGACGCGAGAGAGAGAGAGAGAGAGAGAGAGCGAGAGACGGCGGUGUGGCAUAUCGGUUUUGCACGCGCAAGAAUCUCGAGACCGCGUACUAGUACACACACAGGCUCGGCAGGACACACGUGUUUCGCGAGACCGGAGCGCAUUACAGAGCGCAAUCGGUCGUUGCCGAAGGAUUUGGCGUGACGUGAGUGAAGCUCGUUAGAAAAGCCAACGACUACAUUGUGUGUUGCUUGGAAUCUGCACGAGUGUAGCAACCAGAUCGGUUUGUGUGAAGUCAAAUUUUGCGAAGUGUAAACGAAAAGAACCUCAGUUAUAUUCAAGAUAAAAGAAAUUUCGUAGAAGAAAAUCCACCACCAUGUUUGACGUGUUCGGCUCGAUAAAGAGCCUGUUGAAGCUCGACUCGGUGUGUAUCGACAAUAAUGUGUUCCGAUUGCAUUACAAGGGCACCGUCAUCAUAUUAAUUGCCUUUUCCCUGCUGGUGACCUCGCGGCAAUAUAUCGGCGACCCGAUCGACUGCAUUGUCGACGAUAUACCGAUGCACGUAAUGGAUACUUAUUGCUGGAUCUAUUCGACCUUUACGAUCCCGGAACGGACCGGCAUAAUCGGCAAAGACUUGGUGCAACCUGGCGUAGUCGCUCAUGUUGAAGGUGAAGAUCAUGUGAAAUAUCACAAGUAUUAUCAGUGGGUGUGCUUCACCCUUUUCUUCCAAGCAAUCCUCUUCUACAUUCCGCGUUAUCUGUGGAAGACAUGGGAAGGCGGCCGAGUCAAGAUGCUUGUGCUGGACCUCAACAUGCCGGUUGUUAGCGAAGACUCAAAGAGCGACCGACGUAAACUCUUAGUUGAUUACUUCGCGCUUAAUCUUCACUCGCAAAAUUUUUACGCAUACCGUUUCUUCUUUUGCGAGUUAGUCAACUUUGUCAACGUAAUUGGUCAGAUCUACUUCAUAGAUUAUUUCCUGGGCGGCGAGUUUACCACUUACGGCUCUGACGUCAUCAGAUUUACCGAGAUGGAGCCAGAAGAAAGAAUCGAUCCCAUGUCCAAAGUGUUUCCGAAAAUGACCAAAUGUACGUUCCACAAAUAUGGUGCGUCCGGCACAGUGCAGAAGAUCGACGGUCUUUGUGUGCUGCCGCUCAACAUCGUGAACGAGAAGAUUUACGUGUUCCUGUGGUUCUGGUUCAUCUGUCUGUCAAUCUUGAGCGGGCUGAGCUUGUUGUAUCGUUUAAUAGUGGUACUCUCGCCGAAAAUCAGGUUAAUAUUGCUGCGUGCUCGAUCUCGUCUAUCGCCGCUCGACCAAAUUAAGAUCAUUAACGACAAGUGCCAGAUCGGCGACUGGUUCAUUCUUUAUCAACUCGGCAAGAACAUCGAUCCGCUUGUCUACAAACAGCUCAUCGCGGACCUCGCGACCAAGUUGCAGGGAAAAGAAAAUGUUUAACACAAGUUGCGCAGCUGGAAAGGACCUUCUGAAUGAACUCUUCUGGAAACAAGCUUGAGGGAGUUCUAGAGAAAGAAAGAGAGAGAGAGCGACUGUGUAGAAAAAGAGGAAGCGAACGGUAGGGCCGUUUCCAGAUUAUGAUUGAGAGAGAAACCCAAUAGCAAUUAAAUAUAAAGGCGAGGGAUGUGGAAUGAUUGCUUUAGAUUUAAUCGCGCCCCAAUGAUUCGAUAAUUUGAUCAUUCAUAUCAUUCCUUCCUACUAGUUUGGUUACAAACUAAGAAGGAACAUUAAUACUAAUUAGAAUAAGAAAAGAGAUCCUUAAAAUGAUUAAAACUGACAAUAACAUUUGAUCAGUUGUAGUAAUCUUGUUUCUAAUGCAAUUUUUGCGUUACUUAUAAUUGAACAAGAAUAAUUAGUUUCAUGAACAUAUAAUAUUUCGGUGAUGUUUUUUUUUUUUUUUUACAAAAU